AUGGGCCAAGGUGGGAAUGAUGCAUUUGUAAUAGAUGGUUGGGAUGGCUGGAACAAAUCUGAUAGGCUUCGAGAUCAUGUAGGCAAAUGUAAUAGUUUUCAUAACACAGCUGUGAAAAGAUGCAACAACUUAUUGAAGCCUGGCCAAUCAAUUGUUGCUGCUUUGAACAAGCAAAGUAAUCUCACUAAAGAGAUGCAUUUGAUUCAAUUGAGGACUUCAAUUAAAGCAGUCCGAUACUUGUUGAAUCAAGGUUUAGCUUUUCGUGGCCAUGAUGAAUUAGAAGAGUCCACAAAUAAUGGAAAUUUUCGAGAGUUGUUACAACUUUUGGCAGAUGGAAAUGACAAGGUAAAGGAAGCAAUAAGUAAGGCUCCAAAAAACAAUAAGAUGAUAGCUCCUAAAAUUCAAAAGGAUAUUGCAGAGUGUUUUGCUGAGAUCAUAGUGAAAUCUGUCAUUGAAGAAAUUGGUGGGGAUGUCUUUUGCAUAUUAGUAGAUGAAUCAGCAGAUGUUUCUGGUAAGGAACAAAUGGCUAUUGUUUUGCGAUAUGUUGAUAAGCUCGGGGAAAUAAAAGAGAGGCUUAUUGCUGUGGUUCAUGUGAAAGAGACAUCAGCUUCUUGUCUUAAAGCUAACAUCGAUCAUGUGUUUGCUAAAUAUGGAUUGAGCUUCAAACAAGUUAGAGGACAAGGUUAUGAUGGAGCCAGCAACAUGAGAGGUGAAUUUAAUGGUUUAAGGGCUUUAAUCAUGAGAGAAAAUAGCUUUGCGUAUUAUAUCCAUUGCUUUGCCCAUCAGCUGCAGUUAGUCAUUGUUGCAGUAGCUAAAAAGAAUGAUGAUUCUAGUGAUUUUUUUGACAUGGUAUCCCUAUUGCUUACUGUGGCGGGGGCUUCUUGCAAACGUAAAGAUAUGAUUCGAGAAAUUCAACAGGAGAGAGUGAAAAAAGCCAUAGGCAGGGGACAGCUUAGUAGUGGAACUGGAUGAAAUCAAGAACAGGCCCUUCAAAGAGCUGGAGACACACGUUGGGGUUCUCAUUAUAAAACCCUCAAGAGCCUUAACAAUCUGUACCCUGAAGUUAUUGAAGUGCUCCAUUAUGUUGAAAAAGAAGGUCCAAAUGA